AUGAUUCUUAUUUUUCUUUCUUUUUUUUCAUUUUUUUCUUUCUUUUUUUUUUUUUCCUCCGGUCAUUCUUCAUUUUUUCUUUUUUUUCUCAUUUUUUUUUUUUUUCUUUUUUUUCUCUUUUUUCUUUCUUUUUUAUUUCAUUUUUUCUUUUUUUCUUUUUUUUCUUUUUCUUUUCUUCUUUUUAUUAUUCUUUUUUCUUCUGUCUUCUUCUUUUUUUCUUUUUUCUUUAUUUCUUCAUUUUCUUUCUUUUUUUUUCUCUUUUUUUUUCUUUCUUUCUUCUUUCUUUUUUUUUUUCUUUUUUUUCUUCAUUCUUUUCUUUCUUCAUUUUUUUUUUUCUUUCUUUUUAACUUCCUUCAUUUCUUUUCUUUUUUUUUUCCUUCUUUUUUUUUUCCUCCUUUCUGUCUUCAUUUUCUCUUUCUUUUUUACUGUAUCAUUCUUCUUUCUUUUUUUUCUCUCUUUUAUUUCUUCAUUCUUCUUUUCUUCAUUUUCUCUUUUAUUCUUCUUUUUUAA